GUUCCCCCCAAUUCCUUCACGUGAUUGGCUGUCAGUCGUGUCCAUAUCACCACCAGCAAAAUUUGUGUGCGGGUUUCGCUGUGACUGUGACACAAGAAUGCCCUUCCUGUGUUCCUCGGAUGCCUACGGGUAACACGACAGAUGAAGGGACGGUAAAAGUCAAAUCCCCCGAGCUAGGCUCAUCCUGGUGCUUCAUGUGAAAGCUUUUGGCAUUUCGUCGGAGAGCGGUUGCCACUCGCUUCACCCGGAGAUGUCCUUGAGAAGAACGGAAGGCGUGUCCAUCGCCCAGGCGUUAGCCAUGACGGUUGCCGAGAUACCCGUGUUCCUCUAUUCCACGUUUGGCCAGUCCAUCUUCUCACAGCUGAGGCUGAGCCCCAGCUUGAAGAAGGUGCUGUUCGCCACGGCGCUGGGCAGCGUGGCGUUGGCGCUCACCGCCCACCAGCUGAAGCGGCGCGGCAGGAAGAGGAAGCAGGCGGUCCAGGCUAAGGAGGUGCCCGUGGGCGUGCCCGACGCGCUGCUCAGGACGGGGAGGCCGUCGUCGUUGAAGAGAGUUCCGCUGUCGGGCCGGCAGGUGAUGAGCCCCAGCAAUCGCAGCAACGACACGCUGAGCGGCAUCUCCUCCCUGGCGCCCAGUAAACAUUCAAGCUCCUCGCACAGCCUGGCAUCUAUGCGGGUCGCGACCUCCCCGAAUCAGUCCGUCAAUCCGCCGACCCCCUGGGAGGCGGAGGAGGCCACGGCGGCGACGGCGGGGGAGCCGGCCGCAGUCGAGGACUCCAAUGCGGAGAAUCUCUAUCUAAUGGGCAUGGAGCUGUUCGAGGAGGCCCUCCGGAAAUGGGAGCAGGCGCUGCACGCGCGCCACGGCCGCAGAAACUUGAGCGCCAGCAACAGUAGCCUGCCGCUGCAGGGGGCGGCGUGCGGAGACGUGCCCACGAUGGACGCUCACAACAAAAUGUUUGCCGACAAGCUGGAGACGCUGCUGCACCGGGCGUACCACCUGCAGGAGGAUUUCGGCGGCAGCAUCCCCGCAGACAUCGUGUUGGCCGAUUUUGAGAGCGAGGGCACGCUCAUCUUACCCCCGAUGGAGAGUUUCCGCUUGCUGCCUGACGACGACGCUGCCACAAUAUCGUCCGACGACUCCUUCUUCUCCGCCGCCGAGAUGUUUGACUCCAUUUCGCUACAAGACCGCUACCAGCUCCUAAAGCCCGCCGCACUCUACGAGGACGCCAUGGCUCGCGUCAGAGAGGACCGGGUAGCCUACAGGUCGCUGAGGACUGAACUACUUGAGUGUUACGGGGACCAAGACUUCCUGGCCAAGCUGCACUGUGUGAGACAAGCGUUCCAGGUGCUGUUGCUGGACGAGACUCACCGCACAUUCUUCAUGGAGACCGGCAAGCAAAUGAUUGCCGGCUUAAUGGUGAAGGCCAACAAGAGUCCGAAAGUGUUCCUGGAGAGCUACGAGGACAUGCUGCUGUACACUCAGCGAGAGGAGACGUGGGCCAUCACCAAGAUGGAGCUGCAGGGCCGCGGGGUGGUGUGCAUGAGCUUCUUUGACAUCGUGCUGGACUUCAUCCUGAUGGACGCCUUCGACGACCUGGAGAACCCGCCCUCGUCCGUGGUGGCCGUGCUGAGGAACCGCUGGCUCUCGGACAGCUUUAAAGAGACGGCUCUGGCAACGGCUUGCUGGUCCGUGUUGAAGGCGAAAAGACGUCUUCUCAUGGUUCCCGACGGCUUUAUCGCCCACUUCUACGCCAUAUCGGAGCACGUGAGCCCAGUUUUAGCUUUUGGCUUUUUGGGCCCCAGGCAGCACUUGAGUGAAGUGUGUACUAUAUUCAAGCAACAAAUCGUGCAGUACCUCAAGGACAUGUUCGACCACGACAAGGUGCGCUUCACGUCGGCGCAGUGCCUGGCCGAGGACAUCCUGAAACUUUCGCACCGCCGGAGCGAGAUCCUGCUGGGCUACUUGGGCAUCGACGGCCUUCAGGAGCUUAACGGGGGCCCGGCCGGUGACACGCAAGGACCCCACUAAACUGAGGGGGGGAGUGGGCACCCUCACCCCUCCUAACUCACUCGUCAGGUUCUCGGCUCCUAUCGAGAAGUGCAUCACGGAACUAAGGACGCGUGGCUUCUCCACCGUCACCUUCGUGGACAUCACGCAUCCUGUCGUUUUAUAUUAAAUAUUUGCCAUUUUGCCCUGAAAUUCUACUUGAAUCUUGUUGAACUGCAACUAUAUAUUGCAGUGCGAGUUGUGUGUGAAUAGCAGCGUAUGUUACUCGACAGUAGGCUGCUGCUAUUGCUAGUUGAAAGCAGGGGUGGGCAACCUGCGGGCCGUGUGGGGCUUCCCAGAUGCAACUACAGAUAAAACCUUAAGAGAAAUCCAAAACAUUUCAACUCACAAAUGCUCAUACACUACUCACAAAAAAGCUAGGGAUAUUUGAGGGAAAUUUCAGGAUGAACACAAAGUUCACCAUAACCUUUGACCGGUGAACUUCAUUUUGAACUUCAAAGGUCAAAUAAAAAUACAAUUUCACUUGAAAGUUGAAUGUUCCCAACGUUUUGUGAAUAAUGUAUAUAAUUACAAAAACGUUCAUAAAUUCAGUGUGGCCGCUAAGGUUUCCCCAUGCCUGAGUUGAAUGAUGUAAGCAGCUGGUUACAGUCCUCGUUUUUCUUGAAUGUUGAUUUUUAGACAUGUUUUAAGAAGACACUGAUCAUAUGAAGCAUAAAGACAAAACCCAACACACUGUUUUGAAGAGAACUUUGACUCGGCGAGGUGUACACUGUCAACCUCCACCAUGGUUUCUCCAACCUUUUUAGAUCCUAUUUGGUGCCCCCCCCCCCAAAAAGACCUAAACUUGCCAAAAUAAUGCACAUACCGCCGAAAUGUAUUGACAUAAAACGGACUCUGCCGUGAAGUUGUGUUUCAUUGUGACAAUCGUGACCUCCCUCACUUUUGGGAAACUUGGAAAAAGCCUUGAAGAUGUAUUUUUGUUGGGGGGAAAUCUGCCAUUUUGCUGGCUCUCUGCGUGAACGCGGGUAGAAACUAUGAAGCUUGAUGUUGAAUUUAAGAGGGAAAACGUUACACUGAUUAUAGUUAUGUCUUUACUUUUAAUCAUACCAUAUGUUCAUAUCAUGGUAAAAAUAUAUGAUAAACACUGUACAUAAGAGAUUAUCUUUCCCAAAGAGCUACCUAUAUGAAGACUUACGAUUUAUAAUUUGUCUGCUUUCCAUUUUGAUUUCAAGAUUUUGUCUGCUUGUGCAAUCCGAUCCCUCAUGGACUGAUCCAUAUUUUUUUUAGUAUGUACAUCAAAAGGAGAAAAUGCAGUUACAAACGAAAAAGUGAGUUUGAGUUUCUGUGUUCUGCAUGGGAAAUUCCGUCUUAUUUUACGGUGAUGAUUUAUAAUUGCCGAGGAAAAAUAAGUUGUUUUGGUGACCUCGCCAUGCCUUUUUUCUAUUCUUUAAUUUACAAUGUCUGUAAAUGUAAGUAUUAAAUGCUAUUUUUGGUUAUUAAAUAAUGUUAUGCCA